AUGGUAAAUCUUGACAAGUCGGAGGUAUCUUUCAGUCAAAAUGUGCGUGAGGAAGAUAAAGGUAUGAUCCGUUCCAUGAUGGGAGUAAAGACUGUAGCAAAUCACUCUAGAUACCUAGGACUGCCAAUGAUAUUUGGUAGAUCAAAGAAAGAGAUUUUUUCACUUGUCGUGGAGAGAGUUUGGAAGAAAAUUAAGGGUUGGAAGGAACAAUUUCUGUUCAGAGCUGGCAAAGAAGUGUUGAUCAAAGCGGUGGCUCAAGCAAUCCCUACAUAUGUCAUGAGUUGUUACAAAUUGCCUAAAGCUGUUUGUAAAGAGAUCGAAUCGAUGUUGGCCAAAUUUUGGUGGGGAUCCAAGAAUGGGGAAAGGAAGGUCCAUUGGCUAAGCUGGGAAAAGCUGUCAAAGUCUAAGAGUAUAGGAGCAAUGGGAUUCAGGGGCAUUAGUGAAUUCAACAAAAGUCUCCUUGGAAAAUAG